UAAGCAUUUUAAAAUGGAUUGCAAGUAUGAAUUUUGCCGCAUAUGCUUCCAAUGUACUCCUGACCUGCUCGAUCUAAAUUCGUUCCUGCCCGUUAUCCGUCUUCUAGCUCAGACAAAAAUCCCAUGCGAGGACGAGAAAUCCAGUAAAAUUUGCAGCUCAUGUGCCAACUGUGUUAUUAUGGCUAAUUUAUUUCGUAUGAAAGUAAUCGACAGCAAUGGAAGAUACCGAGAGCUUUUGAAGAUAGAUCUUAUCAAAAGAGAAGCAGAAGACGAAGAGACACUAGAUAAUAUUGAGCUAGAAAAUUCUGAAAUAAUCGAAGAAAGGUCAAUACGAUAUGACGAACAAGAACAAGUGGCUGAGAAUUAUAUGCAAGUCGAAUUUUUGCAAGAAGACGACGCGACUGACGAAGAAGCGAAUCAAAUCAUUGAGCAGUUUGAAAAAAUACCCCUGAAAAAGGAGUUAGAGAAAGACGAAAAGACAAAAGUCCCACAAAAGAAUCAAACAAAAAACAGAAACACGAAAUCCUGCAACUUUUUUUCUCAAUUUGAGAAUUUUUCGGAGCCAAUUUGUUUCAUAUGUACUGAGCCGGCUUUAAAGAAAAACUCAUUUUCUCCAUACAAGGACACACUAAAUCGUAUCGUACCUGUCCAUCACUGUGGUGAUGUUGAUUAUGUCUGCCAGAAAUGCAUGAAAAAACUAGACGAUUCAAAAGGAUUUUUCGCCAAACUAGACAAGGUGAAAAAAAUCACGAUAAAGAGCAACUGUUGUCAGUUUUGCUCAUCUAAAGUAUCGCAAUCAAAGAAAACAUCUAACAAAAAUUCAAUUGACGUAUUUAAUUCCUUGCACAAUAGUGGAUAUAACGUUACAAUUGAAGAAAAUGCUACAAUAUGUAGUAAUUGUGUACAACUCCUUACACGAAUUCGAAUUUUACGAAACUCCUACAACGCAAAGGAAAAAUAUUUGGCCAAACAAUUGAAUAAAAACAAGGGUAGGACUCCAACGAAAAAACGACCACGAAAAUCUAAAGCAGCGAAUGAUCAGUCGGAAAACUAUGAGGGUAUGACAGAUAGUGAAACAACUCUUUUAGAGCCAUCUCCAAAACGAAGAGCAAAAAGACGACUGCGAAUAAAAUCUAAUCCGAAGUAUGUUGAGCCAGAUCCAAACGAACCUGUACCCGAAGAUUAUCAAUGUCACAUGAGUGACUUUGAAGAAAUCGAGUCCGACACUGACAUACCGGAAGCUCCUUUCCGCUCUCCGCUCAAUGUACCCUUCCAACACAAAUAUUUAAACUGCCCAGAAUGCAGUAUGAAAUUCGUCAAUUCGUGCGAAAUGGAUUUGCACAUUGAGAUAGUGCAUGGUACUACAGAUGAUGUCUGUAAUAUUUGCCACAAGGCAUUUAAAGACGUGAAGACCGUCAAGGAACACAAAAUUUCAUGUCACACAGCCGAUUUUUCCGCCUUUAAUUUCCGAAAACUUUGUGAUAUAUGCGGAUUGGCGAAGCGAAAGUUUGAUAACCAUUAUGUCAUUCAUUUUGAUGUGCGUGCUUUCAAGUGUCAGUUGUGCAGUUGUGAUUACAAAACGAAAGCCAGUCUGGAAGAUCAUAUUCGCACUGUUCAUAUGGGAGAAAAACGGCACAAAUGUUCCUACUGCGACAAGAGAUUUAGUUAUGCGGCAGAUAAAGCAAGGCACGAGAUUGGCGUUCACACCAAAAAGUUCAAGUACAUCUGUCAAUUCUGUGGAAAAUGUUUCCUAAAGAAAAAUUUCUUGACCACUCAUCAAAAAUCGCAACAUGCUGAAAUGCUUCUACAAAGUCUCAAGGAGGAGGCUGACAUUUAAAGAUUAAAUAUGAUACCAAAAGUAAAAGUUUUGUAAAUAAAUGUUAUACAAAUUCU